AUGCAUCAAGGGGAUCAGGAGGAAGAUGAGGAGAAGGAGGGAAGCCCCAAGUACUCCGAGGAGCCUCUGCCGGUGCCCAUGCGCUUGGGGGACUCAGAGCCCUCGAGCUCAUCCGGGGGAACCCCUGUACAGCAGCCACCAGCCACACCCAGCGAGCCCUCUCGAGGAGAGGCGGUGAUCGAGAUAUGGUCGGAGGACCCAUCAGAUCAGCUGAACGCCGAAGGGCCUUGCACGGUGAGCCACGCCGAAGGCCAUGACACCCAGAAGGACGGCGAGGAUGCUGCCCCCUCUCCCAUCUCGGAGGCCAAUGUGAGCCCAGGGACGAAGGAGCCUUCGCCGAGUGUCCCGCCGCAAUGGGUGGGCACUGACACGGAGAUUGUUGCCAAGCCGGUGCUGAGUCGGCCGGUGGACCUUGCGGCAACCAGGGCGAGAGAAGGGCAGGAGGAGGACGGAGGCACCAAGAGGCCUCGCUACGUCAGCCCAUGCUGCGCCAGCUUUCCCUGCUGCACAGCUCACUGCCCCAUGACUUUCUGCUUGCUGGUCCUCUUGGGCAUCUUCGCAGCCUACGGAGUCUUCUGGCGAGAGCUGGCCGGCAUCAACGUGGUCACCGACACCUCCGUGUUCCUCGAGGCUGAUAGCCGCUCCAAUGCCAUCCGAGCCGCCUACCUGCAGGCGUACAACCAGCGCGAUCCCAGCGCGCGCCGCCUCGGCCCACGCAGGCUGAUGUCGGGCUAUAUGCCACCCAUCGACGUCAACGACAUGUACAAGAUGCACAACUUGCAGCUGUACUACCGGACCGACGCGCCAGGGGGCCUCUUAGAUCCCGGGCUUGCCGCGAUCAUACGAUCCUUUGAGCUCUCUAUCCGGAACGGCCCGCUCUACCGGAAGCUCUGCGUGGAGAUGACGACGCCGGGUCUCGAGGGAUCUUGCGACCCUGGCCACUCUUUUGUCAACGCGGUCUUCCCCUCGCUGUCGGAUCCGAACCUGACCGAGGUAGAAGACCUGGAUCACUACCAGCGACGUCUCGACGGCCGGGGUGAUAGCGCUUUUGACUCCAAGGUCGUCGAGAAGGUCUUGAUGUCCAAGCAGGAGUACCAGGAGCUGAUCCUGCCCAUCGGCUAUGAGGGGGGCUCGCGCCUCGCGGCGGCGCGGUCCUUCUUUGCCUUCAACAUCCUCUGUUGCCGUAUCACCGACUCGGGCGCCGAACGCAGCAAGGCUCUUUCGGGCAUCGCCAAGGAAUGGAACGCUUUCCUUUCGGAGGAGCUGUUGCCAAAGCUUACCAGCUUCAAUUCGAGGCAGAAUGUCAUCGAGCUAAACUUCGAAGGAGGUGGGCUGGCCACCCUGCAGCUCUGGAGCACGUUGCAGGCGGACUUGCUCAUGGCCAUCGGCUCCGUGAGCUUCAUCGUCAUCUACCUCACGCUUCAUGCAGGAUCUCCCCUGCUGAGCUGUGGCUCGAUCCUGCUGACCAUCUUGGCGAUUCCCUCCGCAUACCUCGCUUCUGCACUGCUGAGCGGGUCGAGAGAGGUCACAGGGGUUGCCUUCCUCUCCGUCUUCCUCAUCACCGGCUUGGGUGCCGACGUCGUGCUUGUCUUCGUGACCUUUUGGGAGGCCUCUAAAACCCGCUUCGGGACAGAUACGGUGGCGCGAGUGAAGUUCCUUUACUGUAACGCCGGCUUGGCGUGCUUGGCGACCACAUUUACGACCGCGGCCUCCUUCUUCGCGAACCUCGCCUCGGUGCUGCGGGCGCUGCGCGAGUUCGGCUUCUUCAUGGGCCUCUGCAUCCUGGGGGCUUACCUCUACCUGCUCGUGGGCCUGCCGCCGCUCUUGAUCCUCAAUGACAAGCUGUCGGGAUGCUGUAGCUGCUGCUCCUGCUCCUGCUGCUGCUGCUGCCGCCGGCGGGAGACUGCCUCGGAUGGCAAGAAGCAGCAGCGGCUCGCACGGCGUGUGGGCAACUGCUGCCUGCGGAGGUGCCUUGUGGCCCACAGUGCCAGCUGCUUCGCCUUCUUCAUCUUGAUGGUCGUUGGCUUCGCCGUUUGGGUCGCCAACGAGAUCUCGGUGGACGCAGGGGUGCCGCAGAUGUUCCCGACGGACCACAACCUCAAUUCCGUCGAGGCGGUCUCCGACCUCUUCGCCGGGGCGGAAGAGCGGUUCACCAACGACCAGAUGCGCGUCUGCAACUUCGUGAAGCACCAGAAGCAAGCGCAGUUUGGCGCCUGUACCGUUCACCUCUGCCAGAUAAGCCUCGAAACGCCGCUAAUGCGAAUCGGCCGGGUGGACGAGGAGCCGGAGAACAGCUCAUCGGUGCCAGAGGCGGAGUGUGGCUGCUUCCCCACCACCAAGCCCUCCGCGCACUGCUUCUGGGCCUCCGCGCAAACCCGGGCCGAAGUGCUGGUCACCGCGCGAAUUGUCGGCGACCUCCCUUCCGCUGUGCUGGAGAAGUGGCGGGCGAGUGAAGGCUUUCGGCAGUUUGCCCUGGAUGCGGCGCUUGAGGUCAACUCCUGGGAGGCAGACCCUCACCUGCGCGCCGGCCUCCCACGGGGCUACCACCGGCCGGGCGCUGUGUUGCCUCCGCACUUCCUGAAGCAGGAAUUCUGGGAGACCGGUGAGAAGUUCUCCGCCAGCUACAACGUGCUUCCGAGCUUCGUGAUCCCUGUGACGAUCCCCGCGAAUGCCUCGUCUAUAGAGGUCUGCCAUGCCGAAGAGAUCUGCUACUGCGGCGCCGCCGUCUGCACCUAUACGCAGGAGCGCCUCGUGGAUCCGGUCAUGCCCAACGCAUCCUGGGACGAGAUCAGGAUACCAAUGCCGGAAGAAGUCUUCAGGCGGCUGGAUGAAGAGGAGCAUGCGACCGCCAGGCCGUCCGCGCCCGGACUUGCUGGCCGGAGCUUGUCUUCGGGAAUCGACGUCGCCGUCGUGUGGGGAAUUGUUGUAGAAGAUGGCUCGCCGCUCUUGGGGUCACGGCAGGAAUCCUGGUCCUUCAACUUGGUGUUCCGGCCUGAGUCCCCCUUCACCCAGCGCGCGCUGCUGCAGACGUGCCGGCAGGCACCGUCCAAACCAGAGCUGCUGGUCAUUCGGACGGUCUGCUGGAUCGAGCAGUUCAGGCAGUUCGCCGAUGAGAGGGAUCUGCCAUUUCCGGUGCCCAGCAGCAUCUUCCGGCAGACCUUCGCGGAGUUCGUGGAUGGCCGCGUGCUGCCCAACGGCUACCUGGCCAAGGAGUUCAUGUGGCUGGGCCCGGACUUCGAAGUCCGCGCGACGUUUGUGCAGUUCUUCGUAAGCCUGAACUACAUGACGGCAGCCUCUGCAUCAAUUCUCUCCCUGAUGCAAAGCUGGGACAAGGUCAUCGACGAGGUGAACAAAGAUGCCCCCGCAGAUGUCGGUGAGGCCUGGCACACCUCGCAGCUGUGGAUCCGUGCCGAGGCAGAGUCGGCCAUCGUGAGUAGCACUGUGGUGACCAUGAUCGUGAGCGUAGCCUGCGGCCUCGCCGGCGCCCUGAUCUUUACUCACCUGGACAUUUUGCUCUCCUUGAUGGUCGUGGUGGCCGUGGCUGGUGUGACCAUCUGCCUGGCCUGGUUCAUGAUCAUCUUCAUGGGUUGGCCGGUCGGCGUGCUCGAGGUGUUGGGCCUCAUUGUUUUCGUGGGCUACAGUAUCACCUACUCCCUGCACAUUGCCCACAAGUACCAGCAGCACAGUGUGGAGUUGGAGGAGGAGACCUUGGCGGAGCGCCGCCGCCACGCCGUCAUCCUUGCGCUGCAGAGUAUGGCCAGUUCGGUGCUUGGUUCCGCCGUGACGACUUUGGGGUCCAGCUUCUUCCUCUUCUUCUGCCAGCUGGUCAUCUUCGUGAAGCUGGCCACGGUCCUCUUCGCAGUCACCUUCUUCGCCUGCCUCUUCGCGAUCCUUGCCCUGCCUUCGGCGCUGCUUUGCAUCGGCCCCAUCGGCACCGCCUGUACGCAGCUCCUGCCUUGGGCCUCAAAGCAGCUGGCGAAGGAAGAGUCGACUAUGGCUCUGGGCACUGGCUCGACCAAGCUGACUUCAUCCCUCGCGCGGAAGAUCCCCAAGGAUGAGCUUUCCAGCUCCCAGAAGACGGAAGUCUUCAUCUCCUCCACGCCCUCCGCCUUCAAGAGCACAUGGCCUGCGGCCAUCUCGCCUGAGACGUUCGCGGGCGUGGCGCCCCCACCUUUGUCGAGCCAGGACCUCUUCGCCGGGAGCAUCUCCACCAACGUGUUUUAG